AUGAAGAGCAUACUCGACAGUACAUAUUACAGGCCUACCAGGUGGGGUAUGAGAAUGAUGGGACAGUGGCCGUUCCAGUCUGCUGGGAGAAAUAGGUUUUUCAAGUGCCUGACAAUUUUUCUCGUCACCAGUAUAUGUGUACCAACGAUGAUUAAGUUUGUGGAAUCAUUGGACGACAUAGAUGUAGUGAUGGAGUCUAUUCCAAUGUUUUGCGUCUAUGCUGCAGCGUACAUAAAGUUCUUCACUUGGGCAAUUGACGAUAAUAGUAUGAGAGAAUUGCUACUGUCCAUAGAAAGGGAUUGGAAAAAUUUAAAAGUUGAGGAGGAUAUCCAAUUAUUGGCAGAAUUUUCCGAGCGCGGGAGAAAAAUUAGUAAUCUUUAUACAAUGUCUAUUUUUGGAUUCCUCGCAUUGUUCCUCACUAUACCGGCAAUUCCAAUGCUAAUGGACAUAUGGAUACCUCUGAAUGAGUCUCGCUCACGAAUAUUUCUGUAUCAAACUGAAUAUUUCGUUGAUCAAAACGAGUACUACUUCCUAAUUCUGAUUCACGCUUAUUUGACUAUUCCCGUUGUAUUCACCGUCGUUCUUUUCUUUGAUAAUUUAUUUUCAAUAUUUGUCAAUCAUACUUGCGGCAUGUGCAACAUUUUAAAAUUACAUCUAGAAUGCGUGCAUAUUGACGACCCUCUUGAUAAGGAAACAACUUCAGAGAAACGAAUACAAAUAUGCGCUGACAUGCAAACUAAUAUUCUCGAGUUUGUUCAACGGUUGGAAUCAAUUUGUACAAUUCCAUUUUUACUACUGGUUGGAAUGAACAUGCUGGUGAUAACAUCGACUGGAAUGAUGAUCGUCAUCAAAGGUAAUGAAGUGAGUGAAAUAAUUAGAUUCGCAUCUUUCAACAUCGGCACGAUAUUCCAUCUAUUCUGGAGCAGUUGGCAAGGCCACGCUCUGAUAGUGGAGAGUGAGACAAUAUAUUCAUCAGUUUACCAGAGUGAAUGGUACACCUUCCCUCCCAAAUUACAACGGAUGCUCCUCCCUCUGAUGAUGAGAAGCGCAAAUCCAUGUCAAAUCACGGCCGGCAAAUUCUACGUCAUGUCGAUGGAGAGUUUUGGUGCUGCCAUGAGGAUGACUAUGUCUUUCUUCACUCUAUUGCUAUCAAUGCGAUAGAUAUUUCAAUUGAAUAUCUCAACGCUGGUUAUCAUGUUGAAGAAUACCG